UUUCUUGAAUCGUAUUUCACAACUUCGUAGGUUUUGUUGUUCUUUGCAGUUCCUCAAGUUCAGAUUCUUGUCUCAAUACACAAACGAAAAUCUCGGAUUUUCUCGAAGGAAAAAUGGCCGACAGUUCGAAGAAAACUAAAAAGGUGGCGAGGAAGACAGCCAUAAACGCGCACGGAUCUACCAGCGAAAACCCCGAGCCUUCGGACGUCAAAAGGCCUUCGAACAAGAAACGAAGCAGGAAACCCGAAAACCCUAAACCGCUUCGGGAACAACAGCCUUUGGGCCCCACGUCUGACGCUAAUCCACGAGUAUGCGCGAACGCUGCUUGCAGAAAGGUUCAGUCAGAAGUCGAUAAGUUCUGUAGAAGGUGCUCUUGUUGCAUCUGCGGAACUUUUGACGAGAACAAGGACACGAGCAAGUGGUUGGAGUGCAGCAAUCAGUCUGGUGAGAGCGAGAGCGAGAGAUGUGGUCUUUCCUGCCACGUCGAAUGCGCUUUGGAGAAGAACGAGGUCGGCGUCAUCUAUCACGGCCCAUUGAUGCAACUCGACGGUGGUUACCGUUGUCGUUUCUGCGGCACGAUUUCGGGAAUCAUCCAAUUCUGGAAGAAGCAGCUGGUUAUAGCUAAAACCUCGAGGCGGCUCGAUACACUAGCUUACAAGAUCAACUUGAGCUGCAGGCUUCUUGACGGGACAUUGAAGUUCAAAGAACUGCAUGAGAUUGUGAAAGACGCAAAGGCGAAACUCGACAGUGAGAUCGGCCCUACCGAUAUGGAGUCGGCGAGUAAACUUCAUGGCCUUGUCGGGAGACUGUCGGUAGCCGCGCACAUCAGAAAAUCAUGCUCUCUUGCCAUUGGAAAGGCUGAUGAACUCCUGGCCCAUCCAUCUGGUGCCGAUCCAGUGAUUCGAGCUCACGGAUGUAACUUUGUGUGCGACGAGGUGACUUUCUCCUCGGUUCGGAUCACUGUGUUUGGAUUGAUCCCUGCUAUGGCGCCGCAGGAUGGAUUGAAGGGCUAUAAACUGUGGUACUACAAGACAAGGGGAGAGACACGUCCCGAGGAACCGACUCGUGUGAUCCCCGUGACUCAAAAGACAGUUACUAUAACCGGUCUUCAGCCCUCGACUGAGUACAUUUUCUGUGUUGCUGCAUAUAGCGAGGCUGGAGAAUGGGGUCACUCCGAGACUGCUUGUGUUACCAAAGGCUUUGAGUUAGCUGAAACCGGUCAGAGCCAUAUGGGUGUCGAGACGGAUACCGUGAGGGGCAAGGAGCCGGAAAAUGCGACGGAGAUCGAUUCUGAUCGGGUUCGUAAACUUGCAAAGUUGUUCCGUCAGGCUGUUGGAGAUAUGAUCGGUAGCUCUUCCAAAAGGGUAUGUAGGGCUGGGGAUAUGGAGGAACAGGUCACGGACAGGCCGAGUAACUCGGGAGGACAGAAUUUGCUGUCCGAGGAUCGUAGCCUGGAUCUGAACAUAGUGACAGUUCCCGAUCUGAACAAGGAAAUGGUACUGGCACCUACUGAAUCUUCAAAGGGCGGACAAGUUAACGAGCCGGGUAAGUUUCUCGAGGAAAUCGAAAAUAAUGGAGCAUCCAACGAUCAAGAAGAUCAAGGAUUUCAGAUCACAGUUGGCAAUGUAACCACCACCGAUUUCCUCAAGAACAUGGCCGAGAACUCGAAGGACGAUGGGCACGAGUCCAAUACCAAUCUCUCCGGCCAGCCAUUGCCCCUUUCCCAGCCCCGGGAAGACGAGAACUUGGAGCAUUGCAUCAGAAUGAUCAGAAAGCUCGAACGUGAAGGCCAUAUCAGCUCAGACUUUAGACUGAAGUUUUUAACAUGGUUCUGCUUGAGAUCGAGCCAGUAUCAAUGCCGUCUCGUUCGUCUCUUCAUUGAUGCAUUCGCCGAGGAUCCUGAUCAACUGGCCAAACAGCUCGCCCACUCGUUUCCGGACAUCGUAUCCCCCUCCAAGAAGCCGAAGAACGGCUGAUCCUCCGGUAAGAUCUGACAUAACAGAGCUUUCAGAGCGGGCAUUUUUCGGGUUUGGUUUCGUGUUUUCGGUUAGGUAAUCCUUGUUGUUG